UCUGUUCUCUGCAUAGACAAUUCGCAUUUCGCUCUGGGCAACUCACAAAUUUACAGUCAAAGUCGUUGCUACCAGCUGAUAUGUCUACUGCUAGUCAAGUUGACCCUGUGGAAGCUACCCCAGAAACUGCCCACAAAUGUUUUGGAGUAUUAACAAGGAGUAUGUUGGCUGGCAGACUGUUAGCGCCCAAGCUCAGGAUUUGUUGGGUUUUUGCUCCAAGCUCAGGGUUUGUAGGGUUUUUAUGGUUACAUACUGUUAGCGCUGAAAAUCAUGGCGGGUAGCGUGGAUAAGUUGACGGCGAUUUGGACGGUAGUUAUGGCAGUCAUAAACGGAGUAAAUCGUGGCGCCUCAGAUCACAAAUACAGCACGGGAGAUCUGGUGCCAUUAUUUGCGAACAAAGUCGGCCCCUUCAAUAAUCCCACUGAAACAUAUCAAUAUUUUGAUUUGCCAUUCUGUGCUCCAGAUAAAGUCAAGGAGAAGAGACAAGACCUUGGAGAGAUGCUGAACGGUGAUAAGAUGGUGGAAGCUCUGUACAAGUUGGAAUUUCGGGUAAACAAAGAUUCUCAACUCCUUUGCAGGAAGAAACUCACAAAAGAGGAUUCGGAAAGGUUUAGGGAACCUAUCAAAAAUUCUUAUUAUUUUCAGAUGUACUAUGAUGAUCUGCCCAUCUGGGGCUUUAUUGGAAAUUUUCAGAAAGAAAACAAGGCACGUCCAAAUGGCACUACAUAUUUACUGUAUACGCAUAUAGGCUUUCACAUUUUCUACAACAAUGACCGUGUCAUAGAAAUAAAUGUUCGCACAGAUCCAAGAUUCUCAGUUGACAUUACUGAGGACAGGGAAAUUGAAGCUGAUUUCAUGUACUCUGUUAAGUGGGUGGAGACUAAAGUUCCUUUUGAAUGGCGAAUGGAUAAAUAUGAAAAGUCAUUAGUUUUGCCCCAUCAUAUCAAAGCCCACUCGUUCUCCAUUACCACUUCUUGUGUAACAGUUCUACUUCUGACUGGGAUUCUUGCUUCUAUUUACAUAUAUGUUCUCAAGAACGACUUUGUCAAGUAUUCUCAUGAUGUGGAGUCUACUGACGACCAAAGCGAAACAGGAUGGAAGUACAUUCAUGGAGAUGUCUUCAGAUAUCCUCGACACAGGUCUCUGUUUUGUGCUGUUCUUGGAUCUGGGACUCAGCUUUUUGCUCUUGUCAUCUUCGUCUUCAUGCUCGCACUAGUGGGUGCUUUUUAUCCCUACAGCAGGGGAACUCUACAUACAGCCCUUUUGGUUAUAUAUGCCCUUACAUCUGGCAUUGCAGGCUACACCUCUGCUUCUUUUUAUACUCAACUUGGGGGAUCAAACUGGGUAAGGAAUCAGUUGUUGACGGGCUGCCUAUUUUGUGGGCCUCUGUUUUUAACCUUUUGCUUCCUAAAUACUGUCGCAAUGGCUUACAAAGCAAGUGUUGCACUACCCUUGGACACAAUCAUAAUCCUCCUUCUCAUCUGGACAAUUAUUGCAUUCCCCUUGUUUGUGUUGGGUUGUAUUGUUGGAAAAAACAGCAAGACUGAGUUUGAAGCUCCUUGCCGCACCACAAAAUGCCCUAGAAAGAUUCCUCCUUUGCCAUUUUAUAGAGGGACUAUCUCUCAAAUGGCCAUGGCAGGAUUUUUGCCGUUUGGUGUAAUCUACUUCGAGCUUCCCUAUAUAUUCGUAAGUGUAUGGGGUCACAAAAUCUACACGUUAUACAGCAUCCUCUUCAUUAUUUUCAUCAUCCUUAUCAUUGUGACAGCCUUAGUUAUCAUUGCAUUCACCUACUUACAGCUAGCAGUUGAGGAUCAUGAAUGGUGGUGGAGAUCUAUGUUAUGUGGAGGAUCAACUGGUGUUUAUAUCUUUGGGUAUUCCUUAUACUAUUAUUUUACACGGUCAGAUUUGACAGGAUUAAUGCAAACCUCUUUUUUCUUUGGUUAUAAUGCUUGCAUAUGCUAUGGGUUUUUCUUGAUGCUCGGAACAGUGGGAUUUCGUGCCUCUUUAUUGUUUGUUCGCCACAUAUAUCAUUCAAUUAAGUGCGAUUAAUUUUCUGCCUCAAAGAAUAUAAUUACUAUCUUUUCCAUAGACUUUUGUCUUAGCCUUUGUUUAGAGCAUUUUGGGUCAUCUUCUUGUUAUAAAAUAUUUUGUAGAUGUAACAUUGAAAUUUGGUGGGUAGCUCCUCAUUAAAUAAUUUAUCCAAACAUCACACACCAUGCGAGUGAUGGCCAUGGUAACAUUUGAAUACAUGAAUUCUUAUAAAUCAAUAGAGAUCACUUUCAAACAUUUAUGUAA